AUGAUCACGCCAUGGCCUGUUCAGCGAUGCAUCAGCAAUCAGCUUUUGCGAAUUAAUCGAGCUCCUUAUCGACCUUGCUACCAUCACCUUCGUCCAAGUCUCUCGACUCUCAGCGGGCUCCGUUAUCGCUUGCUUCAUAAUAUCAUGUCCCAAUCUGGAUUUUACUCUCUCAAAGCUACGCUACCCAACAACCAAACUUACGACUUUGCAGACCUGAAAGGAAAAGUCGUCCUCAUCGUUAACACCGCUUCACAAUGUGGUUUUACUCCUCAAUACAAAGGUCUACAGGAGCUCCACGAGAAAUAUAAAGAUAAAGGACUUGUCGUUUUGGGUUUUCCAUGCAACCAGUUCGGUGGACAAGAACCGCUUGACGACGCAGGCGUAGCAGAAUUUUGCACCGUAAACCAUGGAGUCACGUUCCCCUUGAUGAAAAAGUCGGAUGUUAACGGAGACAACACGAAUGAAGUGUUCAAAUGGUUGAAAACCGAAAAGUCUGGUAUCUUGGGUUUAGCCAGGGUAAAGUGGAACUUUGAAAAGUUUUUGAUCGACAAGGAGGGCAAGGUCGUGAAUCGCUGGGCGUCAACCACAACGCCGGUCGCUAUUGAUGCGGAAAUUGCUAAGCUCACCCAUUCUACGCCAGAGAAACUGUGA